AUGGCAUCAAUCAACGAAGGGACAAGUGGUCUCCCAGUGGGCCAACUCGCCGUGGACGAGUAUGGUAAUCCUUUUGUGAUCAUGCAAGAUCAGAAUGAUAAAAAGCGAGUCACCGGGUUGGAUGCUCAGAAGGCUAACAUCCUUGCCGCACGGAGCGUUGCUGAGACCAUCCGGACAAGUCUUGGCCCUAAGGGCAUGGACAAGAUCAUCGUCGGCCCUGAUGGUGACGUCACUGUUACCAACGAUGGUGCCACAAUUCUCGACAAAAUGCAAGUGGAGAAUCAGGUGGCUAAGUUGAUGGUCGAGCUCUCGAAGAGCCAGGACGACGAGAUUGGUGAUGGUACCACUGGCAUCGUCAUCAUCGCUGGUGCAUUGCUCGAACAAGCUAACAAGCUCCUCGAGAUGGGCAUCCAUCCCCUGCGAAUCGCUGAUGGAUUCGAGAAGGCCUGUGAAGUCGCCAUCAAACGUGUUCAGGAGAUCAGCAAGGAGGUCGAUAUAUUCAAAAAUGAUAACGAGGAGCUUCACCACGCUGCUAUGACCGCGCUGGGCUCUAAAAUAGUGUCCUCUCGACAAGCCCAGAUGGCCAAGAUUGCUACCGACGCUGUCUUGUCGGUUGCCGACUUGGAGCGGAAGGACGUCAACUUCGAUCUUAUCAAAGUCGAGGGCAAGGUUGGCGGCCGAUUAGAAGAUACCUGUUUAGUCAAUGGCAUUGUGAUCGACAAGGAGUUCUCCCAUCCCCAAAUGCCGAAGGAGAUUAAGGACGCCAAAAUUUGCAUUCUCACCUGCCCAUUUGAGCCACCGAAGCCUAAGACNNNNAUGAUAGAUGAGUGUUGCUCUUCGAGCUUUUUUGAUUUGAAGUGUUUGACAGUCCAUUGGUUUUCCGAGACCCGUGCGGGCUUUGAUUUGGCACACGCCCAUGCUACUCUGAAGAAGGAAACUUUGAGAGCGGAUAUUGAUGCAUCCUUGUUGUUGAACAUGCGAGCAGUUCGGGUCGGAUAG